AUGUUUGCAGCAGCCAACCAAGAAGACAGUCUGAAAGACCUCAGCCGCGCCGCGGAGGCAUUCUGGGAAAGGGGACAAUUGAUGGAAGCCGAGGAAACUGCACGGCGUGCGUUGGACGGGCAGAAACAGCUUCUUGGGGAUGGCCAUCGCGAAACAUUGACAACAGCCACUACACUGGCAGGGACCCUGAAGCGGCAGGACCGCGACGAUGAAGCUGCGACAAUGUACGAAAACAUCCUGCAAACUGCCGACGAGGUCCUCGGGGGCGAUGACCUUGUUACCUUGCGGGUUCUCAAUGAUUUUGGGUUACUCUUACAAAAACAAAAGAAAUAUGACGCCGCGCGUCGGAUGCAGGAACGGGCCGUGAGGGCGUAUAUUGCGCACUAUGGCGAAGAACACAGUUCCAGCCUUAUCAGCAUGACGAAUCUGGCGCGAGUGAUGAAGGAUCAACGUGACUACGAGGAGGCAGAAGGCCUAUUUCGACACGGACUGGCACUUCGCGAGGAGCUGCUGGGCGUCACGCAUCCUGAAACCAUGGAUAGUGUAAGGUUCUUGGGCGAGCUCCUGCUGGAGACGGGCCGAGGAGAGGAGGCCGAAUCGCUGCUCAGAGAGACCAUCGAUCGACAGGUGGCACUGAUCGGAGGAAACAGCACGGACUUGCUACAUUGUAUGAGCAGCUUUGCGACGCUGAUGCUGGAGCAUGGUCGCACGGACGCUGCGGCUGAUAUCGCCAAACGCGCAGCCGAGACUAGAAGACAAUGGAAAGACAAGCACGCCCUAGAUACUGUAGAUCCCAACACGCUCACGUCACUGAACAACCUGGCAGGCGUGCUACAGAGCAGCGGUCACAAUUCCGACGCCGAAGAAAUCCACCGAGAGGUCCUCGAGGGGUCACUUUUGGUCCUGGGACCCGAUCAUCCGAAUACACUGUCAACGUGCAGUAAUUUGGCCCAGGUACUAGAGAAACGCGGUGCAUUCGCCGAGGCAGAAGACCUAAACCGACAGGCGUAUCAGGGACGAGUCAGGAUGCUAGGUCCUGAACAUUCCAGGACAAUAGCUAGCAUGGCGGACCUGGUCAAUGUGCUGGCGUGGCAGGAAAAGUGCGUCGAGGCAACAGAACUAAACACUUCCCUGGUUGAUGUGAAGCGGAAGGUGUUGGGUCCCGAUGACCCCUCGACGCUGUGGAGUAUGUUUACGCUUGGAGUGCUCUAUGAGCGCCAGGGAAAGUUGGGUACUGCGCGAGACAUAUUCGACACUGCAUUUGAAGCAGCGAAAACUGCCUGUCCACCAGAUCAUCCUGUCCGCAGGUCAUGCGAAGCCGCUUGCUACAGACUAAUACACGUUCGAGACACUCAGGAUUAG